CCUGGCUACUCUGAGAGAGGUCUCUACAAUAUUUCCUGCUGUCAGUUAAAUUAAAUAUUUGGAUGUGUUGUAUCGCAACUGAAUUUGAAUGUUUUUCCUUUAAACUGUGCUAAUUUCGUAUUUUACUAUUGUGUUGUAUUACUGCCCUAUUUGCCCUUCAAGGGAUUACUCCAGAGAGGCAUAAUCUGUGAGAGGCAGGAGCCAAUAACAAAAAGAAGAACUGUUUUAAUAAUUCAAUUUCGCAUCGUUUCGUGUUUCCGAAUUUCUGUCCCGAACGAGAGAACGCAACUUCUGUUCGCGACUGAAUCGCAUUAUGAAUUGCACGAUUUAAUAUCGAUUGACGCAGUCUCGUCGUUUGCGGUGUGAAAACGCAUCGCGGAAUGGCUGUUAGCGGCGUCAGCGCAUCCUUCUAUCGAAACGUCGUUUUUUUGAAUCAGUUGGUCCCACCAGAUGAUGAUUUCAAGAAGGCCUUUCGCGAGGGAAUGUUUGAUAAGCCAAAUACUGCCGGAUUUAUAUACGUUUCACAUUAUCUGUUGACGAUACAUGAUGCGGAACGUUUUAAAAAGGUGGUUGAAUGGCCAGUGAUUUGCAAGAAGACGGAAGCCAAGUAUCGGAACAAUGUCAAAGACUAUCUGAAUAUCAUUGCUUUGGAAAAUCCCGACCUGGGAUUUCCACGUGUAGUCACUACAUAUUUGCAUCACGCAAGUGGCACCAAGUUUAUGAUUAUAAUGUGGAAAUUGUCCCAGCUUACGCUGAGGACGUACAUUAUGUGUGACGGUGAAUACAAAGUUGUAUUUGCACCAAAACCAGGUCUUGCAAGUAACUUGGCCAAAACAUAUUUACAGCAAUCGAAGGCAAAUGUCACUUGUGAUACAUUGAAUCGCCACAGAAAUUGUGUUCAAAUGGAAAAAGCUGCAAAUUUUGCAUUGGCAGAGGAGAAAGAAUAUUUGGCUAAGAUUAAAGCGGAGCUGUUUGAUAGGAAGCAGUCUCUGGCAAAAUACGCGUCUGCAGCUCCCGUUGCCGAAUCUAUAAAGCAAUGUUUGACAAAUAUCAAAGAUACGGAGAUCAUAUCAAUGUGGAAAAAUAGCUUGGACAAAAAUGUACAAUAUAUACGAAAACAGAACAUGAUAUUGAAUGAUCUGGAAAAAGUAUUUGAAAAUACAAGUGGUAUAAUAUCGAAUCUAUUAAAUGAUUCAAAUGCACUGGAUAGCAAGCAGUUGGAAAGAGUUAAUUGUUCCCUGAUAUCAGAAUUACCGUUUCCACCUGACAUUCAGCAUUGUCUUUACCAUUUGUAUAAUGAUAACAAAUUGGUAUAUUACAAUUUUAUUCGUCUGCUCACUUUGAUACUAUAUCAAAUAUAUCAAUGUCUGAGAAAGGGUGACUUAAUGGACUUAUCGCAGUGUCUCUUACAAGUGGAAGCAAGUGCAGAAGACAUGAAAUCUAUGUGCGAUGUAUUUAAAACUUUCUUGGCAAGCAUGAUAAGUUCUAUGGAGGAGACGCAAAGUGUUUCGUGUAUGAAAAGUAUAGAACGCAUAUCCGAAAAUGUCUUACCCUUUGCAAAAAGCGUUCUUAUGCCUUCGCCUCUCAUAAAAAUUAAUACUAAUUUCGGAAACCAAAGAAAUGAUACACAAUUACUGCAGUUUACCCCGGGUGAAAUUACCCAUAAAGCAUUGUUUUCGAGAUACAUGCGGCACAAUCAGAAUUACACGCCAGAUUUUAAAACGAAUUUAUUCGUAUCGCGUAUCAACAUCGACGAUCGCACUAUGUUCGAUAGUAAUGAAAAACACGGAUUGAAUACGCGUUUUAUGACACCUAAGGUGAAACAAUUGUCUAGGAGAACAACAAAAAAAUAUUCCCGAUUGUUUUCUACAUGUAUAAAAAGAAACAUAAAAGUCAAUUCUAGCAUGAUGUAUCUGCCAUCCACCGCGGAAGCUAAUUCUACUGCAAUUGCUAAUUGCACAAUAGAAGAAUUGUCCAGUUCACCGAAUCUCAAUUUAAACACUAUAGCAGAGGGUUUUUUCAAUAGGAGUGAAGAGUCUCUCAAAGUUUCUUGCUCAUCCGUACAGUUAACUCCGAUAAAACAAAACGUUGCACAAGUUGUGUCUCAGCAACAAGCGAGAGAUAAACCUGAUCGCGAGAUCAGAGUAAAUAAACCUGAGUUGGAUGAAUUUACAGAAAUACAGUUUGUAAAUGACGAGAACAACGGCACAGCUGUAAAACAUGAAGACAGUUCGAGAAGGCGAUCCAUUAGCGAUUUGGUGGAACGUUAUAAAAAGUUGUUGGAAGUCAGCAAUUCGGUUACAGCAAAGUUAGAAAAUAAGUGCGAAGAACAUGAGAAUGAAUAACGAAAGGGAGAAGGAAAAAAAAGUAUUUUUCUAUCUACAUAUUUUUCGAAGCGGAAAAAAAGAUUCAUCAAUGAUUUCCAUUAUUAAAAGCAACAGAAAA